GAGGGCGAGGAGCCUGCAGAGCGAGGCUGAAGAAUGGAAGAUGGCGCUCUGGCCGCAGUCCACUCGCAGCGGUCGACCCAACAUGUUCUCUCUUGUCGUUAUCUGUGCUUUGGUGGCGACGUCGUAUGGAGACCCAAGCCCGAUGAUGAGCUUCCCCGGGCUGCCGCAGGAGGUCGACUUCGACAACCUCGGCGACGUGGGCUACGAGCCGACCAUCAAGCCCCUGAACGUCACCUCCGGCUUCGUGUCCGUCGAGCAGAUCCCCUCCAAUCCCUACGGCUUCUCGGAAAAGGUGGAGCAGGUGUCCAUUACGCCUGGCGCGGCUGCGGGCUCUGUGCGAAGCGCCGCCGACUUGUGAUCCAAGCGACUCGUGUGCCUGCGAGCCCUUGAGUCGUUGAUGUCAGUGUUCCCUUGUGCGAAAAACUUGUUAUACCAAAAAGUGUUAUUUAUUAAAUAAAUAUGAAAAAUUAUGA